GCCGGACCCCGCUCCUCACCAUCCAUCGGAAUACAAACUGCAUAUAUUAACCAUAACCAUCAAGAUAAUCAACAUGACACCAUACCCAUCAAACAUGGACCUCCUCCAGAAAUCCUACUCCUACGGCACAUCCCCCCUCACCAACUCCUCCUCGCAACCGCUUCACGUCUACCUCUUCGGCGCAAGCAUCACCCAAUCCCUCUCCCCACUCAUCGCACACAUUCUUUUCCGCGCGCUUCACGCAAAAUGGACCUACAAUCUGCACCAGACGACCAGUCCGGCUGAGUUUACUGCAAAACUGAAUGAGGAAACCUACAUCGGCGGGUCAAUCACCAUGCCCAACAAACUCACCUUCAUGGAUUGUCUGGAUGACAUCACCGACGAAGCGAGGGUGAUUGGGGCUGUGAAUACGAGCUUUAUCAGACUUGAUGAUGCAAGAAGACGCCAUAUUGGUACGAAUACAGACUGUAUUGGGAUUUGGGAGACGAUUAUCCACCGGAAUCCGGACGAUAGAUAUACAGCGCGAGGAAAGCCCGCGCUGGUCAUCGGGGCGGGUGGUGCGGCGAGAAGUGCCGUCUACGCGCUGUGGACGUGGUUUGGGGCAUCUGAGAUCUAUGUUGUGAAUCGACUGCAGUCGGAAGUAGACACGAUGAUCACUUCUUUUCGAUCUAACAUACCAGACAUCAAAAUUCGGUAUAUCCCCUCAGUUGAAUAUCUGGAAGGUAUCUCGAUGCCCUAUCUCAUCGUGGGAACUAUCCCAGAUUACCCACCCAAGGAAGAAGGCGAGAUACGUUGCUGGCGCAUCACCGAGGCUAUUUUGAAGAAACAGACAGGCGUGUUGUUGGACAUGUGCUAUAUGCCAUCUCCUGUGACGACGUUGCUCAAGAUGGGCAAGACAUAUGGAUGGGCUGUGAUUUCGGGAGCAGAGGUGUUGGUGCAGGUUUGUGUUGCGCAGCAGAUUUUGUGGUUGGAGAGAGAGGCUGUACCAGAGGCUGUGGAGGAGGCACUAGAGGCUGUUAGAGUGAGGGUUGAAGCUAGAUUGUGAUUUAUCCAAGAAUAAACAUACUCGUGUGUCUACGGA